AUUCAAUUCACUUCACGAGAUUAGCUAACGCAACUGCUUGCUUCUUAAUCUGCUGGUGCAAUGGAGGACGAGUGGGAAGAGGAGGAACAGUUGGUUGUUGCGGAGCUGUCUGGAAUGAUCAGCACGGAUUUACUCUCCAGUCGACAGGGCGCGUGUAAGAUAGUGGGCAUUGACAGCCAGCAGCCCAUGAUGCAGGUGGGACGGUAUGUGUUCGCCGGGGAAUAUGAGGAUGCCAUCGGAACAUGUGUGAUUUUUGAAGAAGAGCGCCAGGACGAGGCUAACUCUAAUCCUGUCCUUAAAUACAAAUGUCAGACUAUGAAGAAACUGAUGCUGCAGAGGACAUUCCUAUCAGAGAGGAAAGAGGAUGAGCCAGUCUCUAACAGCAUUGAAGUGCUGUCUCUCAAUGAGGGAGAAGUGUUCGGGGGGCGGACGAGUGCAGUUUGUCACUAUCUGGAUCCGUCAGAGACAGAGAAAUCUGUGCUUGAUGAAUCUAAAGAUUGCAUAGGUUCUGAGAUGAGCGAUGAAUCGCCGGAUGAAAUGGAUGAGGCUGGCACUACGCUUUUAGAGGAGACAGUAGAUGCAACAAUGAAUGCUAGCAGCUGUUCUGUACAUCUAAACAAGUAGAGGACGUUGGCUCUUGAAGUUUAGACAGCUAUUUCUGAUAAUGUACAUUUUGCAUUAUGUAAAUACAUGUUCUUUGGUUUUUAAUAAUAGUUGGCUUGUAUUUUGUUUUUUACUAAAAAGAAUCACUUCACAUCAUUGUAUGAUGGCUUCACAUUUUAAGCUACAUGGUAUUUGUCAUCAGUCUUUGAAAAGCAAGGGGCAAGUAUUGAACGCAACCAACGUAAAAGAGACACUGAAGGACCAGAUUAAUAAGAGGGCAAUAAUAAAAAUCAAUUAAUUUUAGGAGUCAAUUAAAUGCAGACAAUCAGAUGUUGACUAGUCAUUUUAGGCUAUGAAUUGCUUUUCUGUAUGGACAAAUGACCAUUUUAGCUUCUUGAACACAGA